AUGAAUAGAAUUCAAAGUAGUAUAAAAGAUAUAUUCAAUCAAUCGUUGAAUUCAGUGAAGCAUAAUAUUUGUUUGAAGAGAUGUAGAGAGAUCGACGAGAAGUACCCGAAUAUCAGAGAGGAAUCCUAUCAAUUCAUGAUUGAUUUGGUAAAGAAGAUCAUGGUAACCGAUGGUCAUUCCUAUGAAGUAAAUAACUUUUUAGAAUUCAUUGCAAAGUUAUCUACCUUUUUAUAUUUUAAACAUACAACCACUACUUCAUCAACAUCAUCAACAACAACAUCAUCAUCAUCAACUCUUUUAUAUAUACUUAUGAUAGAUGCAUGUAAAUGGACAAAGAGUCAGAGUAAAGAUAUAAGAUUAAGAUCAUGUCAAUUACUUAGAGAUAUACUGACGAUACUAAAGACAAUAAAGAGACUUGGUCAGAGAUUAUAUGAUAAGAUUACAUCCGUUAGAGUUAUGGCGGUACUUGCAAUUGUUCAUCUACAGGAUGCCAAAGAUAAAGAUGACAACGUAACCACAAUGUUACUAGAGGUAUUAGAGAAUGACUCAUCUUCAGAAGUAAGAAAGACAAUCAUCCAGAACAUGGCUAUCACCUACAGAACACUCUCCAGUGUCAUUCAUCGUGUUAGAGACAGUGAUCCUUAUAUUAGAAAGAAGACAUUCAAUUUCCUUUCGAAAAGAGUGAAAUUAGAUUUGAUUGACAAGGUGGAAUCCAGAAUAUUUUUGAUUGGUGGACUGCUGGAUAGCGAUGACAAUGUUAAGAAAGCGUGUCAGGAGAUGAUUUGUGAUGGCUGGAUGGAGAAGUUGAAUAACGAUUUCGAAAAGUUGCUGUCGUUGUUCGAUAUCGAGAGGAAUGCCGGUGUUUGCGAGCGACUCUUGCGAUGUAUCUUUGAGAAUGGCAUCUAUCCAACGUUGGACUUCAAUGUCAACACGCUGCAGUCGGCGCAAUCGAUAUUCUGUUGGCGAUACUAUCUUGACUAUCUAAAGAACCACCGUCCGACAACCGAGCAAAAUACCGGUGGUCUACUUGUUCUCGAGCAGGAACUGGACAGAGUGACACCGAACCCUAACGAACUACUCGACAACCUCCAGCGAUUCAACGUCGUCGAUCAUUCAUUUAUACUCUGUCAACUCUUUGAAAUUAUCAAUCAAUCCGAUAACCCUGAUCCAUUGUUCAGAGAUAAAUGUUCAUCUUAUUUCCGUGAUUUAUUGGCAUCAUUAAAAGUUGAUAUCAAAGUGAAGAGAGUUAUAUUGAAUACUUUGAGAUCAUUAACCAUUCAUACUUUGACGAUUAUUUCGGAUUUCAUCGAGUAUGCACAUCCUAUUUUCGAUAAGGUAGAGGUUCAUGGUCUUUACAGUUAUAUUCUCGAGUGUUUGAAACUCUUACACAACGACGAAAUCAUACAACUAUCAAUAAGAUGUGCAAGUUUAUAUUUCAAUUUAGAUACUGAAAAUAAAUGUAGAUCAGAUUGGAAUAUUAUUUUAUUAUUUAUUCAUCAAAAUAGUAAUAUUAAUAUAAAGAUAGAAGCUAUUGCUACAUGUUUCGAUAUUAUUCUUAGUAAACCAUCGGAUAAUACAGUUGAAUUCUGUCAAAAGUUUAUAAAGACUGUCAAGACCAUAUUGAAUAUCGAUCAUCAAGCGUCAAACGAUCUUGAUCCAGAGUAUAUCAAUAUUAUAUUUAAAGGUUUAUGUAAAUUAUAUUAUUUAAAUUAUUGGACUGAUCAAGAUGAUUUCCAAAUGUUGGUUACACAUUUUUUCAAUCCUAUCAAAGUUCCAAUCGCUCAUAAUACAUUCGAUGAAUUUGUUAAAACAUUUGUACAUAUAUCCAAAGCAAACAUGUUUAAAUUUACAGAUACAUUCGAAACGGUUUUAAUAGAAUACUAUCAUCUCUAUCAAGAUUAUAAUAGUCCAGAUGAUAAAAAGAAAACCAUUCAAAAUAUAGUUAAUUAUUAUGUUUCUACUAUUAAACCUAAACAUAAACUUCAGGAACCUGUUGUUGCUGAAAUAAUGUUAUCAUUGUUAAUUAAAAUGUUAAAACUUAUCAUUUAUUUUACAAAACAUGGAAAUACUCUGAUUCUUUGUGAAACUGUCAAGUAUUUUUAUGUUCCGGAUGAUCAGUCUAUAUUACCAAGGUUAAAGGCGUUCACAAUGAUUGCAAUGGAAAGAUCCAAGAAGAAUAAGAAAUCAAUGACCUUGCUUCAACAUUUACAGAAAGACAUCGAGAGUAAAUGUCCAAAUGCACCAAGCGAUGAUGAUUUACACACUGCAAGAAAUCAAGUUAAAUCAUUCUCCAAACAUUCAAACAAAUAUAUAGAUAAAAGAUCGGUUGAGGAGGAUGAAGAUGAUGAUGACAAUGAUCAAGAUGACCAAAGCGAUGAAGACGAUGACUCCAAUGAGAGCAUUGAUGUUGAUGUUUUAGAACCAGAUGUAUCAGCUGAUUCGAUCGAAGAGAUUGAAAUAUCAGAUGACGAUGACGAUGAUUAUAUAAAGAAAGCAACUGAUAUUUCUUAUAUUAUCAUUGAAGAUGAUGAUGAUUCUGCAGAAGUUAAAGAACCAGAAGAACCAAAACCAACUGUAUAUGUCAAGAAAGAGGUGAAGAAGGAACCAAAAGAAGAGAAUAAAGAAAGAGAUACUAGUAGUAGGGUAACCAACAGAGAUAAAGAAUCAAAAUUAACAACAACCAAACAUCAACAUAGAGACAGAGUCAAGGAAAAAGAAAAAGAAAAAGAAAGAGGAAGGGAAAGAGAUAAAGAACAAGAAUCAAACGAUCAUAAUCAUCAAAAAGAUAAAGAGUUUAACAUUGAAGAAAGACCACAAAAGAAACAAAAGACAAAUUGUAUAAUAAUUGUUUAA